AUGGCGACCCUGGAAAAGCUGAUGAAGGCCUUUGAGUCCCUCAAGUCCUUCCAGCAGCAGCAGCAGCAGCCCCCGCCGCCGCCGCCGCCUCAGCCUCCUCAGCCGCCGCCGCAGGCUCACCCGCCGCCGCCGCCUCAGCCUCAGCCACCUCCUCCCACACUGCCGCCCGGCCCGGCCGUGGCCGAGGAGCCGCUGCACCGACCAAAGAAAGAACUCUCAGCCACCAAGAAAGACCGUGUGAAUCAUUGUCUGACAAUAUGUGAAAACAUAGUGGCUCAGUCGCUCAGAAAUUCUCCAGAAUUUCAGAAACUUCUGGGCAUUGCCGUGGAGCUUUUCCUGCUGUGCAGUGAUGACGCAGAGUCAGAUGUCAGGAUGGUGGCUGACGAAUGCCUCAACAAAGUCAUCAAAGCUUUGAUGGAUUCUAAUCUUCCGAGGUUACAGUUAGAGCUCUAUAAGGAAAUUAAAAAGAACGGCGCUGCCCGGAGCCUGCGUGCCGCCCUGUGGAGGUUCGCCGAGCUGGCUCACCUGGUCCGGCCUCAGAAGUGCAGGCCUUACUUGGUAAACCUUUUGCCGUGCCUGACUCGAACAAGCAGGAGACCCGAGGAAUCUGUCCAAGAGACCUUGGCUGCAGCGAUACCCAAAAUUAUGGCUUCUUUUGGCAAUUUUGCAAACGACAAUGAAAUUAAGGUUCUGUUAAAGGCUUUCCUGGCGAACCUGAAGUCCAGCUCCCCGACCAUUCGGCGGACGGCGGCGGGCUCCGCAGUCAGCGUCUGCCAGCAUUCCAGGAGGACGCAGUACUUUUACAGCUGGCUACUAAAUGUGCUUAUAGGUCUGCUGGUUCCCAUUGAGGAUGAGCACCCCACCCUCCUGGUUCUUGGGGUGCUGCUCACACUGAGGUACUUGGUGCCCUUGCUGCAGCAGCAGGUCAAGGACACGAGCCUGAAAGGCAGCUUUGGGGUGACACGGAAGGAAAUGGAAGUCUCUCCCUCGACAGAGCAGCUGAUCCAGGUGUACGAGUUGACCUUGCAUUACACGCAGCACCAGGACCACAAUGUGGUGACUGGCGCCUUGGAGCUCCUGCAGCAGCUCUUCAGGACCCCUCCCCCAGAGCUCCUGCAGGCCCUGACCACAGCCGGCGGCCUGGCGCAGCUGCCUGCCACCCGGGAGCAGCCCGGCUGCCGGAGCCGCAGCGGGAGUAUCGUGGAACUUAUAGCUGGAGGGGGUUCUUCAUGCAGCCCUGUCCUUUCAAGAAAACCAAAAGGAAAAGUGCUCUUUGGAGAAGCAGCGGCCUUGGAGGAUGACCCUGAGCCCAGGUCGGAGGCCGGCAGCCCAGCCUUUGCAGCCUCAGUCAAGGGUGAGAUCGGUGGUGAGCUGGCUUCCUCUUCCGGGGUCUCUACUCCUGGCUCUGCCAGCUCAGCUGCCGACUCCACGAGCCACGACAUCAUCACCGAGCAGCCCCGUGCCCAGCACACGCUGCAGCCGGACUCGGUGGACCUGGCCGCCUGUGACCUGACGAGCACGGCCACGGAUGGGGACGAGGACGACAUGCUGAGCCACAACUCCAGCCAGGUCAGCGCCGUCCCGUCCGACCCCGCCAUGGACCUGAACGGUGGGACCCAGGCCUCCUCACCCCUCAGUGACAGCUCCCAGACCACCACUGAAGGGCCGGACUCAGCGGUGACCCCUUCAGACAGUUCAGAGAUUGUGUUAGAUGGCGCCGACAGCCAGUAUUCAGGGAUGCAGCUGUCGCCGCAGGAUGACGACGAGGACCCCACAGGUGUCCUUCCCGAUGAAGACUCAGACGCUUUUGGAAACUCUUCGCUUGCCCUUCAGCGAGCACACUUGUUGAGCAGCAUGGGCCACAACAGGCAGCCCUCUGACAGCAGUAUAGAGAAGUUUGUGUCAAGAGAGGAGGCUGCUGAACCAGGAGAUCAAGAAAACAAGCCUUGCCGGAUCAAAGGUGACAUAGGACAGCCUACCGACAACGAUUCUGCUCCCCUUAUCCAUUGCGUCCGCCUUUUGUCUGCUUCGUUUUUGCUAACUGGGGAAAGAAAUGCGCUGGUUCCGGACAGGGACGUGCGGGUCAGCGUGAAGGCGCUGGCACUCAGCUGUGUCGGAGCCGCGGUGGCCCUUCAUCCCGAGUCUUUCUUCAGCAAACUUUACAGAGCGCCCUUCGACACCACGGAGCACCUUGAGGAGCAGUACGUCUCAGACGUCUUGAACUACAUCGACCACGGAGACCCGCAGGUCCGAGGGGCCACAGCCAUUCUCUGCGGCACCCUCAUCGCCUCCACCCUCAGCAGGUCACGCUUCCAUGUGGGCGACUGGAUGGGCACCGUCAGGGCUCUGACAGGAAAUACAUUUUCUCUGGCGGACUGCAUUCCCUUGCUGCAGAAAACUUUGAAAGAUGAAUCUUCUGUGACUUGCAAGUUGGCUUGUACAGCUGUGCGGCACUGCGUCAUGAGCCUCUGCAGCAGCAGCUACAGUGAGCUGGGGCUGCAGCUGAUCACAGAUUUGCUGGGCCUGAGGAACAGCUCCUACUGGCUGGUGAGGACCGAGCUGCUGGAGACGCUGGCUGAGAUCGACUUCAGGUUGGUGAGUUUCCUGGAGGCGAAAGCAGAACACCUUCACAGAGGCGCUCACCACUACACGGGGCUGUUAAAGCUGCAGGAACGGGUGCUCAGUGAUGUUGUCAUCCAUCUGCUGGGGGACGAAGACCCCAGGGUGCGCCACAUCGCUGCCGCUUCACUGAGGAGGCUCGUCCCGAAGCUGUUUUAUAAGUGUGACCAAGGACAAGCUGAUCCAGUAGUGGCUGUGGCAAGAGAGCAAAGCAGUGUUUACCUGAAACUGCUCAUGCACGAGACGCAGCCUCCCUCGCACUUCUCCGUCAGCACGAUCACCAGAAUAUAUAGAGGCUAUAACUUGCUACCGAGCAUAACAGAUGUCACUAUGGAAAACAACCUCUCAAGAGUCAUUGCAGCGGUUUCUCACGAACUAAUCACAGCGACCACUCGCGCGCUCACAUUUGGAUGCUGUGAAGCUUUGUGUCUUCUGUCGACGGCCUUUCCAGUCUGCGUUUGGAGUUUAGGCUGGCACUGUGGAGUGCCCCCCCUGAGCACCUCCGACGAGCCGAGGAAGAGCUGUACUGUGGGCAUGGCCACGGCGGUCCUCACCCUGCUCUCAUCGGCAUGGUUCCCGCUGGAUCUCCCGGCCCAUCAGGAGGCUUUGAUCUUAGCCGGAAACCUGCUUGCAGCCAGUGCCCCCAAGUCCCUGAGAAGUUCAUGGACCUCUGAAGAAGAGGGCAGCCCAGCAGCCACCAAGCAGGACGAGGUCUGGCCAGCUCUGGGCGACCGGAGCCUGGUGCCCAUGGUGGAGCAGCUCUUCUGCCACCUGCUGAAGGUCAUUAACAUCUGUGCGCACGUCUUGGACGAUGUGGCCCCAGGACCAGCAGUGAAGGCAGCCCUGCCAUCUCUAACAAACCCCCCUUCCCUAAGUCCGAUCCGACGAAAGGGGAAAGACAAGGAGCCCGGAGAGCAGGCGUCUGUGCCGCUGAGCCCCAAGAAAGGCAGCGAGGCCAGUCCAGCCUCUCGACAGUCUGACACGUCAGGGCCGGUUACAGCAAAUAAAUCGUCCUCACUGGGGAGUUUCUACCAUCUUCCUUCAUACCUCAAAUUGCACGAUGUCCUGAAAGCCACUCACGCUAAUUACAAGGUCACCUUGGAUCUCCAGAACAGCACUGAGAAGUUUGGGGGCUUUCUGCGCUCCGCCUUGGACGUGCUCUCUCAGAUUCUGGAGUUGGCCACGCUGCAGGACAUCGGGAAGUGUGUCGAAGAGAUCCUGGGAUACUUGAAAUCCUGCUUUAAUCGUGAACCGAUGAUGGCAACUGUCUGCGUUCAGCAGUUGUUGAAGACUCUCUUUGGGACAAACUUGGCCUCCCAGUUUGAUGGCUUAUCUUCCAACCCCAACAAGUCUCAAGGCCAAGCACAGCGCCUGGGCUCAUCCAGCGUGCGGCCAGGCCUGUACCACUACUGCUUCAUGGCCCCCUACACCCACUUCACCCAGGCCCUAGCGGACGCCAGCCUGAAGAAUAUGGUGCAGGCCGAGCAGGACCACGACACAUCAGGGUGGUUUGACGUCCUCCAGAAGGUGUCUACCCAGUUGAAGACAAACCUCACAAGUGUCACCAAGAACCGUGCAGAUAAGAGUGCUAUCCACAAUCACAUCCGUCUGUUUGAGCCUCUGGUCAUCAAAGCACUAAAGCAGUACACGACGACAACGUCCGUGCGGCUGCAGAAGCAGGUCUUGGAUUUGCUGGCGCAGCUGGUUCAGUUACGGGUCAAUUACUGUCUCCUGGACUCAGACCAGGUGUUCAUUGGGUUCGUGCUGAAGCAGUUCGAGUACAUUGAAGUCGGCCAGUUCAGGGAAUCAGAAGCAAUUAUCCCAAACAUCUUUUUCUUCCUGGUAUUACUGUCUUACGAACGCUAUCAUUCAAAACAGAUCAUUGGGAUUCCUAAAAUCAUUCAGCUCUGUGAUGGCAUCAUGGCCAGUGGGAGGAAGGCUGUGACACACGCCAUACCGGCUCUGCAGCCCAUCGUGCACGACCUCUUCGUACUGAGAGGAACCAAUAAAGCGGACGCAGGAAGAGAGCUUGAAACUCAGAAAGAGGUGGUGGUGUCGAUGCUGCUGAGACUGAUCCAGUACCAUCAGGUGCUGGAAAUGUUCAUCCUGGUCCUGCAGCAGUGCCAUAAGGAGAAUGAGGACAAGUGGAGGCGACUGUCCCGCCAGGUGGCCGAUGUCAUCCUCCCGAUGCUAGCCAAGCAGCAGAUGCACGUUGACUCUCAUGAAGCCCUCGGUGUGCUAAACACUUUAUUUGAGAUUCUGGCCCCUUCCUCCCUGCGGCCUGUGGACAUGCUUUUACGGAGUAUGUUUGUCACUCCGGAUACAAUGGCAUCUGUGAGCACUGUCCAACUCUGGGUCUCAGGAAUCCUGGCUAUUUUGAGGGUUCUGAUUUCCCAGUCAACGGAAGACAUCGUUCUUUCUCGGAUUCAGGAGCUCUCCUUCUCUCCGCAUUUCAUCUCCUGUCCAGUAAUUAACAGGUUAAGAGAUGGGGACAGUCCUUCAACGCCGGAAGAGCACAGUGAAGGGAAACAAACGAAGAAUUUGCCAGAAGAAACAUUUUCAAGGUUUCUCCUACAACUGGUCGGCAUUCUUUUAGAGGACAUUGUUACAAAGCAGCUAAAAGUGGAAAUGAGCGAACAGCAACAUACUUUCUACUGCCAAGAACUGGGCACCCUGCUGAUGUGUCUGAUCCACAUCUUCAAGUCCGGAAUGUUCCGGAGGAUUACAGCAGCUGCCUCUAGACUCUUCACCGCCGACGGUGCCGACAGCAGUUUCUACAGCCUGGAGAGCUUGAACACGCAUGUGCGCUGUAUGAUCCCCACACACCCCGCGCUUGUGCUGCUCUGGUGUCAGAUCCUGCUGCUGGUCAGCCACACCGACUACCGCUGGUGGGCCGAGGUGCAGCAGACCCCCAAAAGACGUAGUCUGUCCAGCACAAAGUCACUUAGUCCCCAGAUGUCUGCAGAGGAACCUUCCGAUGUGGCCCCCAAACUGGGAGUGUGCAAUCGAGAAAUCGUUCGGAGAGGCGCCCUCAUCCUCUUCUGCGAUUAUGUCUGUCAGAAUCUGCACGACUCCGAGCACCUGACGUGGCUCAUCGUGAAUCACAUCCAGGACCUGAUCAGCCUGUCCCGGGAGCCCCCCGUGCAAGAUUUCAUCAGUGCCGUCCACCGGAACGCUGCCGCCAGCGGCCUCUUCAUCCAGGCGAUUCAGUCUCGUUGUGAGAACCUCUCGACCCCCACCGCGCUGAAGAAGACGCUCCAGUGCUUGGAAGGGAUUCACCUCAGCCAGUCGGGCGCCGUGUUGGCGCUGUAUGUGGACAAGCUGCUGUGUACUCCGUUCCGCGUGCUGGCUCACAUGGUGGACACCCUGGCUUGUCGCCGGGUAGAAAUGCUUUUGGCUGCGAAUUUACAGAACAGCACGGCCCAGCUGCCAGUGGAAGAACUAAACAGAAUCCAAGAGAACCUUCAGAGCAGCGGCUUAGCUCAGAGGCACCAAAGGCUGUACUCCCUGCUGGACAGGCUUCGUCUCGCCACUGCCCCAGGGUCACGCGGCCCCUGUCCUCCGGUCACGUCUCACCCUCUGGAUGGGGAUGGGCCCCUGGCACUGGAGACAGUGAGUCCAGACAAAGACUGGUACCUACGCCUCGUCCAGUCCCAGUGCUGGACGCGGUCAGACUCUGCGCUGCUGGAGGGGGCGGAGCUGCUGAGUCGGGUCCCUGCGGCAGACAUGAGUGCAUUCAUGAUGAACUCGGAGUUCAACGUGAGCCUGUUGGCCCCGUGCUUGGGCCUGGGGGUGCGUGAAAUCUCCGGAGGCCAGAACAGUCCCCUCUUUGAAGCAGCUCGUGAGGCGACCCUGGAGCGUGUGAGCAGCAUGGCUCAGCAGCUCCCGGCUGUCCACCAGGUUUUCCAGCCAUUCCUGCCCGUGGAGCCCACUGCCUACUGGAGCAAGCUGAAUGAUCUAUUUGGGGAUGCCAUGGUAUACCGUUCCCUGACCACUCUGGCCCGGGCCCUGGCCCAGUACCUUGUGGUGCUCUCCAGACUGCCUGGCCACCUGCAGCUUCCUCCUGAGAAGGAGCCGGACACGGUGAAGUUUGUGGUCAUGACCCUCGAGGCGCUGGCGUGGCAUUUGAUCCAUGAGCGGGUCCCGCUGAGUCUGGACCUCCAGGCGGGUCUGGACUGCUGCUGCCUGGCUCUGCAGCUGCCCGGCCUCUGGAGCGCGCUGUCUUCCCCCGAGAUGGCCACACACACCUGCUCCCUCAUCCACUGCGUCCGCUUCAUCCUGGAGGCCAUUGUGGUGCAGCCCGGGGACCAGCUUCUCAGUCCAGAAAGACAGACGGACACCCCAAAAGUUGCUAGAGAAGAUGGAAUACACUCACACACGCAGAGGCCUGAGUAUGUCACCGCAGCCUGUGGUAUGGUGGCGGAAAUGGUGGAGGCUCUGCCAAGCGUGCUGGCCUUGGGGCACAAAAGGAACAGCAGCACGCCCGCGUUCCUCACGUCCGUGCUCAGGAACGUCGUCGUCAGCCUGGCCCGCCUGCCCCUCGUCAACAGCUACACGCGCGUUCCCCCGCUGGUCUGGAAGCUCGGAUGGUCGCCCACGCCGGGAGGGGACUUCAGCACAGUGUUCCCCGAGAUCCCUGUGGAGUUCCUCCAGGAAAAGGAAGUCUUCAAAGAGUUUAUCUACCGCAUCAACACGCUAGGGUGGACCAGCCGUACCCAGUUUGAAGAAACAUGGGCCACCCUCCUCGGUGUCCUGGUGACCCAGCCCCUCGUUAUGGAGCAGGAGGAGAGCCCGCCGGAAGAAGACACGGAGAGGACGCAGACCCACGUCCUGGCCGUACAGGCUAUCACCUCCCUGGUGCUGAGCGCGAUGACUGUGCCCGUGGCCGGCAACCCAGCCGUGAGCUGCUUGGAGCAGCAGCCCCGCAACAAGCCGCUGAAGGCCUUGGACACGAGGUUUGGGAGGAAGUUGAGCGUGAUCAGAGGAAUUGUAGAACAGGAAAUUCAAGCAAUGGUUUCAAAGAGAGACAAUAUCGCCACCCAUCACUUGUACCAAGCGUGGGAUCCUGUCCCCUGUCUGUCUCCGGCCACUACAGGGGCCCUGAUCAAGCACGAUGAGCUGCUGCUGCAGAUCAACCCCGAGCGGGAACUGGGGGACAUGAGCUACAAGCUCGGCCAGGUGUCCAUCCACUCGGUGUGGCUGGGGAACAACAUCACGCCCCUGCGCGAGGAGGAGUGGAGCGAGGAGGAUGAGGAGGCUGAAGUCCCUGCACCGUCGUCACCGCCCACGUCUCCGGUCAACUCCAGGAAACACCGGGCUGGCGUCGACAUCCACUCCUGUUCUCAGUUCUUGCUUGAACUGUACAGUCGCUGGGUCCUGCCGUCCAGCUCGGCCCGAAGGACCCCCGUCAUCCUGAUCAGCGAAGUGGUGCGAUCUCUUCUCGUGGUCUCAGAUUUGUUCACCGAACGCAGCCAGUUUGAGAUGAUGUAUCUGACACUGACCGAGUUGCGGAGGGUGCAUCCCUCAGAAGACGAGAUUCUGCUGCAGUACCUGGUGCCCGCCACCUGUAAGGCGGCCGCUGUCCUUGGAAUGGACAAGGCCGUGGCAGAACCGGUCAGCCGGCUGCUGGAGAGCACCCUCAGGAGCAGCCACCUGCCCAGCAAGAUUGGGGCCCUGCACGGCGUCCUCUACGUGCUGGAGUGUGACCUCCUGGACGACACCGCAAAGCAGCUCAUUCCGGUCGUCAGCGACUACCUCCUGUCCAACCUCAAGGGCAUCGCCCACUGCGUGAACGUUCAUAACCAGCAGCACGUGCUGGUGACGUGUGCCACCGCCUUCUACCUGAUCGAGAACUACCCUCUGGACGUGGGGCCUGACUUCUCCGCAUCGGUGAUCCAGAUGUGCGGGGUGAUGCUGUCUGGGACAGAGGAGUCCACUCCGUCCAUCAUUUAUCACUGCGUCCUGAGGGGCCUGGAGCGCCUUCUGCUGUCCGAGCAGCUCUCCCGGCUGGACACAGAGUCCCUGGUCAAGCUGAGUGUGGAUAGAGUGAACGUGCACAGCCCACACCGGGCCAUGGCGGCCCUGGGCCUAAUGCUCACCUGCAUGUACACAGGAAAGGAGAAAGUCAGCCCAGGCAGAACCUCCGACGCCAGCGCAGCCGCUCCCGACAGCGAGUCCGUGAUCGUGGCCAUGGAGCGGGUGUCUGUUCUUUUCGACAGGAUCAGGAAGGGGUUUCCCUGUGAGGCCCGAGUGGUGGCACGGAUCCUGCCUCAGUUUCUAGACGACUUCUUCCCACCCCAGGACGUCAUGAACAAAGUCAUUGGAGAGUUUCUGUCCAACCAGCAGCCCUACCCACAAUUCAUGGCCACCGUGGUGUAUAAGGUUUUCCAGACUUUGCACAGCACGGGGCAGUCGUCCAUGGUCCGGGACUGGGUCAUGCUGUCCCUGUCCAACUUCACACAGAGGACCCCCGUUGCCAUGGCUGUGUGGAGCCUCUCCUGCUUCUUCGUCAGUGCAUCCACCAGCCCAUGGGUCUCAGCCAUCCUUCCCCACGUCAUCAGCAGGAUGGGCAAGCUGGAACAAGUGGACGUUCACCUCUUCUGCCUGGUGGCCACGGACUUCUACCGGCACCAGAUACAGGAGGAGCUGGACCGCCGGGCCUUCCAGUCUGUGUUUGAGGUGGUCGCAGCCCCGGGGAACCCGUACCACCGACUGCUGGCUUGUUUGCAGAACGUCCACAAGGUUGCGGCGUGCUGAGCAUCGCAUGGGCAGCCGCAGGUGGCGCCCGUCUCUGCAGGCAGACGCGCUGUCGCUGUCGCCGUGGGGCUGCGCGCAGGGCGUGUAUGCGGUAACGUGGGGGUGAGCCUGAGUCCUUCCAGGAAGCACGGACAGCUGUGAUGCUGGCCCUUCUGCUGUAACUAGUGUUACCCGCCAGUUAGCCCGCUGUUCCUCUUCUCCUAACGUCUGGCCUGGUCCUCGUCACCAGGGUACACGCGCCCUCUGCUCUUGCAGGUUGGCCGUUAGCCCCCCUGCUGUGUCAGGCAGAGGUGACGCUGUCAGGCUUUGCGAGCCUUGCCGCGUCCCGCAGCGCGGUACAGGAAGCCAUGGGUGGCGGUCCUGCUCCUGGCGCUGUGUGCCGGGCGGGCCAGCCGGGAGCAUACCCUGCGCCAUACUUCCCUUUGUCUGUUUUCUUCUCAGGAUUUCAAAUUGAAUUGUAUCAGUAAAGAGAUUAAUUUUAAGGUA